CGCUUAGUGCCGGCUGCCGCGGAGAGGCGACGGCCGAGCAGCCGCCGGUCGGUGCCCGCAGCCGGCGCGGCGCUGCCCCCCUGCCGAGGACUGCCGCGCUCGUCGCACGAGUGGCGGCGGGGGGAGCCGCCCCGCGGGGCCGCCUCUGCCCCUUCCCCGCCGCGCCGUUAAUGGAAACAUGGCGAUGGCGGCUCCGACCGGCAGCGCGGCGCCCGUCGCCCCGGCCCUCUGCGGCCACCUGGCCCUGCUGCUGCUCCUCGCCGCCCCCGCCGCCCACGGCUACAGCUUCCCCCAGCAGCACACUAUGCAGUACUGGGCCAGGAGGCUGGAGCAGGAGAUUGAUGGAGUGAUGAGGAUAUUUGGUGGAGUCCAGCAGCUCAAACUGAUCUACAAUGAAAAUAGUAACCUGUUUGAAGUCAAGGAGAAUGUGCCCAGGAAAUUGGUGGAGAAGGUCGCAGGGGACAUUGAGAGCCUCUUGGCCAAGAAAGUCCGUGCUUUAAAGAGACUUGCCAACGCUGCAGAGAAAUUCCAGAAGGCUCACCACUGGCAGGACAACAUCCGGGAGGAAGACAUCGAGUACUAUGACUCCAAGGCUGACACUGAAUAUGAUGAUCCCGAUGGAGAAGAGAUCGAGAGGGAGAAGUCCAACUCCUUGAAGCUGGAGUUCACUGAUGAUGACAACUUCAAGACCAAGGUUAACUAUUCAUACGCUGCUGUGCAGAUCCCCACGGACAUCUACAAAGGCUCCACCGUCAUCCUCAACGAGCUGAACUGGACACAGGCCCUGGAGGACGUUUUCAUCGAGAACCGGAAGGAGGAUCCCUCCCUGCUCUGGCAGGUCUUCGGCAGUGCCACCGGUGUCACCCGCUACUACCCUGCCACCCCAUGGAGAGCCCCCAAUAAGAUCGACCUCUAUGAUGUGCGCCGGCGGCCCUGGUACAUCCAAGGUGCCUCCUCCCCAAAGGACAUGGUCAUCAUUGUGGAUGUGAGUGGCAGCGUGAGCGGCCUCACCCUCAAGCUGAUGAAGACCUCGGUCUAUGAGAUGCUGGACACCCUCUCAGAUGACGACUAUGUCAAUGUGGCCUCGUUCAAUGAAAAGGCGAAGCCGGUGUCGUGCUUCAAGCACCUGGUGCAGGCCAACAUCCGGAACAAGAAGGUGUUCAAGGAGGACGUGCAGGGCAUGGUGGCCAAGGGCACAACGGACUACAAGGCUGGCUUUGAGUACGCCUUCGACCAGCUGCAGAACUCCAACAUCACACGUGCCAACUGCAACAAGAUGAUCAUGAUGUUCACGGACGGCGGUGAGGACCGAGUGCAGGACGUCUUUGAGAAGUACAACUGGCCCAAUAAGACGGUGCGGGUCUUCACCUUCUCCGUGGGGCAGCACAACUACGAUGUGACCCCGCUGCAGUGGAUGGCCUGUGCCAACAAAGGUUACUACUUUGAAAUCCCCUCCAUCGGCGCCAUCCGCAUCAACACACAGGAGUACCUGGAUGUGCUGGGCAGACCCAUGGUUCUGGCUGGGAACCGAGCCAAGCAGGUUCAGUGGACCAAUGUCUACCAGGAUGCCCUGGGGCUGGGCCUGGUGGUGACAGGAACGCUGCCAGUGUUCAACCUGACGGAGGACAGCAGUGACAGGAAGAACCAGCUCAUCCUGGGCGUGAUGGGGAUUGAUGUGGCUCUCAAUGACAUCAAGAGGCUGACGCCGCGUUACAACCUGGGGGCCAAUGGCUACGUCUUCGCCAUCGACCUGAACGGCUACGUCCUGCUGCACCCCAACCUGCAGCCCCAGAUCAUCAAUUUCCGUGAGCCAGUGACACUGGACUUCCUGGAUGCUGAGCUGGAGGAUGAAAACAAGGAGGAGAUCCGGAGAAGCAUGAUUGAUGGGAAUGACGGGCAGAGGUUCAUCAAGACCCUCAUCAAGUCCCUGGACGAGCAAUACAUCGAUGAGGUGUUCCGGACCUACACGUGGGCUCCCAUCAAAAGCACCAACUACAGCCUGGGGCUGGUUCUGCCUCCCUACAGCACCUACUACAUCCAGGCCAACCUCAGCGACCAGAUUCUGCAAGUGAAGUUACCAAACAUCAAAAUGAAGGAUUUUGAAUACCUGCUGCCCAACAGCUUUGAGUCGGAGGGACAUGUGUUCAUUGCUCCCAGAGAGUAUUGCAAAGACCUCGACUUGUCGGAUAACAACACUGAAUUCCUGGAAAACUUUAUUGCCCUCAUGGAAAAGGUGACCCCAGACUCCAAGCAGUGUGACAACUUCCUCCUGCACAACCUGAUCCUGGACACGGGCAUCACACAGCAGCUGGUGGAGAGGGUGUGGAAGGACCAGGACCUCAACACGUACAGCCUCUUGGCUGUCUUCGCUGCCACUGAUGGGGGCAUCACCCGUGUCUUCCCUAACAAGGCCGCAGAUGACUGGGAGGAGGAACCGGAGCCCUUCAACGCCAGCUUCUAUCGGAGGAGCCUGGACAACAAGGGCUACAUCUUCAAGCCACCCUACCGGGAUGCUGGCUACCGGGGACUAGACCUGGAGAACAACACCAUCGGGAUCCUGGUGAGCACCGCCGUGGAGCUCAGCAUCGAGGGCAAGACUCUGAAGCCCGCGGUGGUGGGGGUGAAGCUGGACCUGGAGGCCUGGGCUGAGAAGUUCAAAGUGCUGGCAAGCAACAGGACGGACCGUGACCAGCUGGGCACCCGCCGAUGUGACCCCUCAAGCAGCUGUGAGAUGGACUGUGAGGCCAACAACAAGGACCUCAUCUGUGUCCUCAUCGAUGAUGGGGGCUUCCUGGUGCUCUCUAACCAGGAGGACCACUGGUACCAGGUGGGCAAGUUCUUCAGUGAAGUGGAUGCUAACCUGAUGUCCGCCCUCUACAACAACUCCUUCUACACGCGCAAGGAGUCCUACGACUUCCAGUCUGUCUGUGCCCCCGAGGCCCCCAGCAACACGGGUGCAGCACCCCGUGGCGUCUUCGUGCCCACUGUGGCCGAUCUCCUGAGUCUCGCCUGGUGGACCUCAGCCGCAGCCUGGUCCCUGUUCCAGCAGUUCUUGUACAGCCUCACCUACAGCAGCUGGUUCCAGACGGAGGAGGUGGUGGGGGACGGCAUGGAGGCCAGGGAGACGAGCUGCAUCAUGAAGCAGACCCAGUACUACUUCAGCACUGUCAACGCCACCUACAACGCCAUCAUCGACUGCGGCAAUUGCUCCAGGCUCUUCCAUGCGCAGAGACUGGCCAACACCAACCUGCUCUUCGUGGUGGCUGACAAGCCCCUCUGCAGCCAGUGUGAGUCUGUCAAGCUGCUGCAGGCAGAGGUAAGAGCCCCCCCGAGGGACCCCAACCAGUGUGAGCUGGUGGACAGGCCCCGCUACCGGAAAGGCCCCCACAUCUGCUUCGACUACAAUGCAACAGAAGAUACCUCAGACUGCGGCCGAGGGGCUUCCUUCUCCCCCUCCCUGGGGGUCCUGCUCUCGCUGCAGCUGCUGCUCCUCUACUCCAGCACCAGCCGGCACCCACUGCCCCCUGCCGCCUGCCUUUAGCCCCCUGGCCGCCCCCGCCAGCUCUCUUUUCUUUCAACUUCCAUCUCCAUGCCCCUCCCCGGCCCGGUGGAGCGGGAGCGACGUCCCCUCCGCCGCCUCGGGGACCCCCACGGUACCGCCCCGCUCUCCCCACCGCCCGCAGCCAAAGAAGAGCCGGGGCGCGGGCAGGGGCUCCCCGGCAGAGCGGCGAUCGGGACGGUGCCCCGGGGUCACGCCCUCCCGGCCGCUCGGACUUGGAAAAGUGGCGUCGGUGUCCUCCGCCCGCGACCCCCCCCCAUCCACCUCGCCUAUUUUUUUAGCCUGAAGAUUUUAAAGCAGAUCUUUCUACAUCGAGUUUCCAACAUUUUCACCUGGAGACCGGCGGCGUUUAUUGUCAGCAAUGAGGACACAUGGGAAAAAAACAAAAAACAAAAAACACAAAACAAAAAACAAAAAAAAAAAAAAAAAAGGAAAAAAAAAAAAAGGAGGGGGGAAGAAAAAAAAAAAAAAAAAAAAAAGAAAGGACUUGAGUGUGCGGGUCAGUAUCAUUUGUUCUACCGGUACCGGCCCCAGGGCGUGUGCGGCAGCUCCAGCAUCCCUGCGGGCUGGGGCUGGGAGCGGGCAGGGACAGGGGCGGGGGGCAGUGGCCUUGCCUGCGCCGGGGCACGAUGGAGCCCCGGUCGCUGCGCUGGGCUCAGCCGUUCUUGGGCACAGAUACUGGGGCGAAAAGGGGGGGGGGAGGGGGGGCGGAGAAAGUAUUUUGUUUCUUUUCCGUUCUGCAGAUCACUGUGAAUCCUGCCCACUCAGCCCUGCUCCCCACCCCCAGCCCUGCCCGGACCCCCUUGCCCUGCCAAAGAAGCCGCACUGGCCGGGGGGACGUGCUGCUUGUCCCCUGGGAGACAUGCCCUGUGUCCCCGAGUGGGUCACGCCACAUGCCCCGCCGCGGGACGUGCCGCACGUCCCCGAGUGCCAAGUGGAGCGGGAGGUGCCACAUGUCCCCCGAAGGGACUUGCCAGGCGCCCGUGCCCGUCCCUCGGGGCACCGGGGCUGCUCCCGGGCGCUGCGGAGCUCCUGGCUGGGGACACGCAGCGCUGGGGGGACGGGAGAUGGCCCCGCAGUGGUGUCCCCAGGGGCUGGGGCUCACCCCCGGGCGGUCGGGGGGGGUGGUGUUUUCCCCCCCACUCAAUCCACUGGGUGCCAAGGAGGGGACGACGUGGCUGCUCAGCCCUGGCACCCCACUGCACCCCACAAACCCAGCCAGAAAAGGUGCCGCGGGGCUGGAGGGGCCCGGUGCAGGGUGCCCAGCUGUGACACCCCGGGGUGUCACACCCACCCCCCCCUCGCCCCCCGCUGCUCCCGGCAGUGCCGGGGGUCCCUGGGCGGCCUUGGGGACCCUCACCCCCCCGGGGCACCGCGCUCAGAGCCACCCCAUCAACCGGGUUCAGGGGAGCCUCCUCGGCAUGGCCAUCCCGGGGGGGCUGGGGAGGGCACCAGGCGCUAAUUAGUGCUGGGGUUAAUUAAUGGUCAUUCUGCUUGUAGCUUUUUCAGUGUGUGUUUGGUUACUGUCUCUGGGAACCGUGUUUGAACAGAUGGCUCUGUGUUACCGGGAGUGUGUGUACUUCUGUAGUCUAGUUAGGUGCUCUGCCAGAAAACCACCACUAUACAUACCUAUAAAUAUAUACAUAUAUAGUCUAUUUUAAGUUAAAAACCAAUGAGACGAAGGGGGGGCGUGGCCCCGGGCCCCCCGUCCCGCCGGGGUCACCUCCUGCCCUUUCCCCACCCAAAAGCUUCUCUCUGCUCAUUCAAAGGCAUUGAGUUUUUAAUUGAUUUUCUUUAAUUUAUUUUUAAUUUUUUUUUGGUUUUUUGGUUUUUUUUGUACAGAAGAGUUGGAAAACUUAAAAAAAAAAACAACAAAAAGACAAUUUGUAAGAUAUCGUGCGUGUGACUCCUUGUAAAAUAUUUUCAAAUGGUUUAUUACAGAGACUCAGUUAUUAAAUAAUGUUCAUAUUUUCACUUCA